UAUGGCGUAUGGUAAAAUUCGAGGUAUCGUUUCGUAAACUUUGCAAACUUCAGACUUUUAAAAAAUAGACACGUAGUCCUCCGUAAAUGAAAGAAAUCACAGUGCAAUGAAGGAGCAAAACAAUUUUCAAGGCUGAAAAAGAAUUGAAGUAAUUAGAAAGGAAAGAGUCUUCUGUGCUUGAGUUAUCUUAAUUAUUUUUUAUCUCAGUGACAAUCAGUGUUUUGUGACAAAUACAUUGCGGUAUCAGACGGGACGCAAUUUGACGCCAUGAUGGAGGGUAUUUGUGAAACUAAUGAUAUUCUAAACAAUGGGCCUACUAAGAAGGCAAAUACGUCAGAUCCAGUUGACUUGUCUGAUAAAUCAUUGCAAGUUGAUAUAUCAGAUGCCCUUAGUGAGAAAGAUAAAGUAAAAUUUACAGUACAUACGAAAACAACUUUACCCGAAUUUCAAAAGGAAGAAUUUUUAGUUGUUAGACAACAUGAGGAAUUUGUUUGGCUUCAUGACCGAUUUGAGGAAAACGAGGAAUAUGCAGGAUACAUUAUUCCUCCAUGUCCGCCUAGACCGGAUUUUGAUGCUUCCCGUGAAAAAUUACAAAAACUUGGCGAGGGCGAAGGAAGUAUGACAAAGGAAGAAUUCUCUAAAAUGAAACAAGAAUUAGAGGCAGAAUAUUUAGCGACAUUCAAGAAAACAGUAGCGAUGCACGAAAUGUUUUUAACAAGACUGGCACACCAUCCCGUUUUCCGAAACGAUCACAAUUUAAGAGUAUUUUUAGAGUAUGAUCAAGAUCUUUGCGUCAGAGGUAAAAAUAAAAUGGAAAUGUUUGGAGGUUUAGUGAAAUCUCUUUCGAAAACAACGGACGAGUAUUAUUUGUCAGCAACUGUUAAGGACGUGAAUGAUUUUUUUGAUCAGGAAAUGACGUUUCUUCAUCAGUAUAAUAAUAAUUUAAAAGAAGCAACGAGUCGCGCUGAUCGACAAACAAUAAAGCACAAAGAUGUUGCAGAUUCUUAUAUAAAAAUUUCAACAAAUCUUCUUCAGUUGGCCACAUCAGACUCGGGAAAACUCGAGAGGUUUUUAACUAAAGUCGCCGAAACUUUCGAGAAAAUACGAAAAGUCGAUGGUCGAGUUGCUUCCGAUGAAGAUUUGAAAUUAUCUGAUACUUUACGUUAUUACAUGAGAGAUUCAGCUGCUGCGAAAAGACUAUUGUUUCGACGAUUGAAAGCUUUACAUGCCUAUGAAACUGCAAAUAGAGCUUUGGAAAAAGCUCGCGCUAAAAAUAAAGACGUUCAUGCCGCACUGGAGGUUGCAGAGGCCGAAACAACACAAACUGAAGCCUGUGAAAAGUUCGAGCAAAUGUCUGAAAAGGGAAAAGAAGAGUUAACGGACUUUAAAACAAGAAGAGUUGCUGCCUUUAAAAAGAGUCUUAUAGAACUUACAGAAUUAGAAAUUAAGCAUGCGAAGGCACAUGCUGAAUUGCUCAAAAAAUGUCUCUCUAAUCUUAGGGAAGAAUGAUUCUUAAUCAUUUUUGGCACAUUAUAAAACGCGCAGAGCGUAUUUUUUAAUGAAAUGCGAUGUAUUUAGCGUAUAUUGAACAAAAAUUCCUUUUUUUGUAUAUUACUAUAUUAUAAUAUAUUAUAUUAUAUAUUUUUUGUUAUUAAUAGCAAUAGUCUUUUUAAGUGAGAAAUAUUGAUAGCAUUUAUUGAAUCGAAUAAUUUCACAAGAUUAUAAUUAUUAUUAUUAUUAUGUAAGUGAGAAAACUUGUCUUGAUAAAUUGUCGAUAACCUAUUCAUUUGAAAUGAAUAUGUUAAUGACCUUCUGAAUCUGAUUGAAUUUAAUCUUUAUCUGCAAAGAGGUUAAUAUAGUUAUUUACUCGAAUUAUAAGAAAUUUUUUCUUUUUUUUCCUCUUUCUUCAAAUUGUAAUAUUAUAGUAUAUGUAUAAUGUAAUUUCUCUUGUAUAAAAGAUAAUGUUAUCAUUAAUAAAAUUUUAUAGUUAUUUCUCA